CACGAGCUACAUGUUUACAACCCAUGUGUGCCUAUCAUCUUCAUCAUCCUCAUCAUCAUCUUUUUGAUCUUUGCAAUAUGCAUCAUUAUUGCUGCCUGCCUGAACAUCGAGGUCCUGUGCUGUGAACUCGGAGAAGCAUUCUUAUUCGCAAAAGUUGAACAGCAUGCAAAUGGUGAUGAUGGUGUGGCGCCUCCUGUGGCCUUUUGUCCUGAUAGGAGUGUUGAGCUGCGCGGCCCUGGAAAUCCAGGUGAAGACACAAAGGGACCGCAUGGUGGUUUCCCCAGCUGCUGCAGUUAUCAGAGUCUGGCAAUGAUGAGACACGUCAAUGUGCGAAUGCACGCAGCACAGCAAAAUGCCUGGACUCAUUUAUCCGUUCAAUUGGCUGACAUACUGACAUGUGAUCAGCAGAGAUGAACAAUGACUGCAGCUGAGUGGAAGAAGAGGUGCCAAGAUGAUUGGGGUGUGCAGGGACUGCCAGCACCGGAGGGUCUGGACUGGAAGUCCAUGUAUGAAGCCAAACCUUUUGGAAGAAAUCUGCUCAAGAACCCUUCGCCUCACGGUUUGAGUAAAGAUAACGCUCCACCUGAACCUGAGUUACCUGAAGCUCCCAUGGAUGGCCCUCCAAUUUUUCAACUAGAAGGUGACUUCAGUGGCUGGACCACAAACACAGAGGUUCUUCCUUAUGAUACUAGUGGCAUUCCCCAAGGGGCCGUGGUGUGCGCUUUGCCUCAGUACAGUUGGUUUUCCAUGGAGCAGACUGUGGACCUGAAGGCAGAGGGACUAUGGGAAGAGCUGUUGGAUGAUUUUCAACCAGAAAUCGUGAUUCAAGACUGGUAUGAGGAGAGUCAGUUGGAUGACUCAAUCUACCAACUACAUGUGAAGUUAUUAGGUGCAGACAAAAGCACGGUGAUUGCAGAGCACUCUGUCAAUCCAACUGAGGACUGCAGCGCCUAUUCUCACACAUGGAAGGAGGUGUCACAUGUGUUCUCUGGCUACGGUUCGGGAGUGAGGUACAUUCACUUCUUGCACAGACUGAAGAACCAAAGCAUGAUGUCUUCCUUCUACUACACAAGGUUUACUGACAGCUCUGUCACUGUCAAACCGAUAAAAACCACCCCAUAGACACAGCUUUUUCAGAAAGGUGCCUAGAGUGUAUUCGGGAUUUCACAUUGUGUAUUAUAAAUUCUCAAUUUAAUUGUUGAUAAAUGGGAAACUCUGGGUCAAGACACUGGUGGCCCAGAUGCCCUCCUCAGAAUUUUAAUAAAACAUUUUGCCAAAAAACACCACAGACUUUUCUAUCUUAGAGGAAUCUUUUUUUAAUAUGCUGAAAUUACACAGAAUGUAUUUUUUCUGAUGAAGUAAAUAAUCCAGUAUUUCCAGGAACAUGGAGGCAGACAUUUUAACAUCGACUCAACUGUUUUGGCCAAUGAAAUGCGAUUAUUUCAGAUUUGCCGCCUUUCCUUGUGACAUCAUUAAUACUCAUCACGCACACCUGUGCUAAAGUGUGUAUGUGUGUAACUGAUGUCCCAAAAUGGCUGGGCUCA